AUGGCGUCUUGCUCGUUGUAUGCAAUGUCCCUGUUGUGCAUCAUUGUAGGUGGUAUCCGAUCCGCAAAUUUUGUUAAAUAUCAAAUGAGCAAGAAACGGCUACUUGAGGCGUCCAUCUCGCUUUCCGAAGCAAAGAAGUUCCCUCUCACUGCUUCAGCGGUUCUUUUCUCGCUGUAUUUGUUUUUCAAGCCGAAUGGCCGUGAGUGGCUUAUGGGAGUUGGAGGCAACUACUUACCUGAAACUUAUUCUGCGAUGGUCAAUAAAACGCUCGCUAAAAGCGAAGGCCCGAGCUUAUUUUCAAGAAUCGAGCAACGGCUACCUGAGAACAUGCGGCCAUACUUAGAAUACGUUCCCUCAUUAACAAAGGAUCACGUCAUGAAGUUUUUGUUAGUGCUUCUUUGCUACGAAGGUUGUGUUGCCCUUGCCGCAAUUCUAAAACCCUUAUUUUCGUUUAUUCUCUCACGGCUUCCCAUUGGUAACCGUCGACCUCGUCUCAAUCUACCAUAUUUUCUUUCGCUUAGGCAAGGAAAAAAAGAAAUGGAUCAAGGAGACAUUGAAGAUGCAAAGAAAGACGAUUAUGAAUACACAUUCAAGAUUGAAGUGGAUACGCAUGAUAUAGUAGCUAUCGCUGUCUGUCUACUAGUUGGUAUCUCUCACAUAUAUCAGCGACACUGGAUCACAAACAACAUCAUUGGUAUAGCAUUUUCUAUCUAUGGUAUUGAAAAUCUUCAUCUGAGUAGUUUCAAGGCUGGAUCUCUUCUUCUCGCUGGUCUUUUCAUCUAUGACAUUUUCUGGGUCUUCGCCACGGAUGUGAUGACUUCUGUUGCUAAGGGUAUCGAUGCGCCCAUUCUAUUGCAAUUUCCCCAAGAUCUCCUCAGACACGGAUGGAAAGAAGCCACCAAGCACAGCAUGCUGGGCUUGGGAGAUAUAGUUAUUCCUGGAAUAUUCAUUGCCCUCUUGAGGAGGUUUGAUUUAAGGAUCACAGAAAAGGAUUCGAAGAAGAAAAGGAAGAUUCUUAAGGUUUUUUUU